CUUGAACGGACGAAUUUGUGUGUUUCUGUUGAAUCAUUCCCGUAAAAUCUCGAGCGCUGUGCGUGAACAAUCUUUUGGCAUAUCUAUUUUGUAAUGAUUAGAUAAUAUUGACUUCGAGUACUAACGAAACCUUAGUACCAGUGCAUAUAUUCUAGGGAGCUAUACUGGACUACCUGAGCAAUGACGAAAUUGGGAUUUUUCUUGGUGCUGUUUCUGAGUACAGCUGUUUUGGCAGAAGAUGUAACAGUGCAACUGCCAGUUGGUACGGUAAAGGGAUUAGUAAAGUCUACCGCUAAAGGGGUAAUAUUCUACUCUUUCCAAGGAAUACCGUAUGCUGAGAAACCAGUCGGCGAUUUGAGAUUCCAGGCACCAGUCCCAAAGAAGAAAUGGGAAGGAAUCUGGGAUGCGACGAAAUUCGGCAACAUAUGCAAUCAGAUGAGUUAUACGCCUCCCAAUCAAAGUGAAGAUUGCUUAUUUGUGAAUGUCUAUACACCCAAGCCUGCUGACGAAAUGCCAGCUGAGCUGUUGAAAAAAGCCGGUAUACCUCUGAUAUCUGUAAGAACAUGUGGUUUGUGGUUAUUUUUUAUUGGUCAUUACUUAAACUCAGACAUUUAACAACAAAAAUAACUUUCAGGUUUCCUUUCGACUGGAGAUGAUUUGGUACCUGGAAACGCUGGAUUGAAAGAUCAGAAUUUGGCCUUAAAGUGGGCCAAUCAGUACAUCCAUCAUUUUGGUGGUGAUCCAACCAAAAUUACAAUUUUUGGUCAGAGUGCUGGCUCUGCUUCUUGUGCUUAUCAGAUUAUGAGUCCGUUAUCUAAAGGUUUGUUCAGAAGCGCAAUCUUGCUCAGUGGGACAUCGCUAAGUCCAUUGGCGUACCAAAGGAACUACCAGUUAUAUUCGAGGGAAUUGAUCAGAAAUAUAGAUCCUGCAAACUACCAUACACACAUACCAACAGAGAUAAUUAAUGAUGCUUGCUUGGCGAUAGUAACAACGGUAGGCUAAAGAGACUUACAAAUAAGAUUAGAAAAAGAUAGUAUAAUCCAACGAAAUUUUAACA